GGCGCUUUGUUUUCGAGCACUCUUCCCUGCCCCUUCUAGGGUUCCGGUGGUUUUGUCCUACUUUUCCUCACGUAUUUUACUCAAGAAGCGUAUCUUCUUCGCUUUACUCAAACUAAGAUUUAACUUUCAUUAUAUUACCUAACAAAAAAUGGGAGUUCAAGGGCUUUGGAAGCUAUUGGAAUGCUCAGGAAGACCUGUAAAUCCAGAAACAUUGGAAGGAAAAAUUAUUGCUGUCGAUAUCAGUAUUUGGUUGAAUCAAGCUGUUAAAGGAGCAAGAGACCGCCAUGGGAAUUCCAUCCAUAAUGCUCAUCUCCUCACGUUAUUUCACCGACUUUGCAAACUGCUCUUCUUUCGGAUCCGCCCCAUUUUUGUUUUUGAUGGAGAAGCUCCUCUGCUGAAGAGGCAAACUUUGGCUAAACGAAGGCAACGAAAAGAAGCUGCAGCCACAGAUUCAAAGAAAACUAAGGAGAAGCUUCUGAAAACCUUCCUGAAACGACAAGCAAUCAAAACUGCUUUAGCAGGCAGAAGCAAUGCUGAAUUUCCUAGUCUUUCAGAGGUAAGAAGAGAAGAAGUAGAUGACAUUUAUGUGCUCCGUUCCUUACGAGAAGAUAAAAAAAACAGCUCGGAAGAGGAAGAGGAGAAAGAAUGGGAAGAAAGGAUGACCCAGAAGAAAAUAUUGCAAGAAGAAUUGCUUGAAAACCCUCGUUCUGUAGACGUUGAAUCAGAAGAUUUCUUGAGCUUGCCUCCUGAAAUAAAACACGAGAUCCUCACUGACAUGAAGGAAUUCACAAAACGAAGAAGAACAUUAUUUGAAACGAUGCCUGAGGAAUCCAGUGACUUCUCCCAGUAUCAGCUCAAGGGUUUGCUUAAGAAAAGCAGCUUAAAUCGACACAUAGAAAAAGUGCAGAAGGAGAUGAAUGAACAACACUCUGGCCAAAUCCAGCACCAGUAUGAAGAAGAUGGGGGUUUCUUGAAAGAAUUGGAAACCAGGAGGGUUGUAUCUGAAGAUACCUCCCAUUACGUCUUGUUAAAAGGUACCCAGUCCAAAGGAGAUACUUUUAGUCAUGUGACAUCUGCAAGCCAUUCUUCUGCAAUGCCUAAAGAUUCAAAACCUAGCAAAAAUGUUAUCAACAUGCAAGUUAAGCCAGUCUCAUGUGACCUUUCAAAGAUGGAAUCAACCAGUAGUAUUUAUUCAACACCUCCUUCUCCCAGAACAGUGCUUGCUAUCCAGGCUGCUAUGUUGGGAAGCAGUUCAGAAGAUGAGUUGGAAGAUGGAAACAAGAACUAUCCUGAUUUAGAUAAGUGUGAGUCCAAGCCCAGUGUAGACGCAGGUAACAUAUCUCCACGAACACUCAAGGCUAUUCAGCAGGCAUUAUGUGAGGGGAAAGAGGUUGUCACGGCAACAUUUAUCAAUAGGACUAAUAAUACUCAAGGAGAAAGAACUUCCACGAAGGACCAUCUUGCCAGCAGUUCAGAUGAAGAAAGCCAGGUUCCUGAAGAUCAGAAUGAGAAACAACUUUUAUCAAUACGGCAGUUGGAAAGUAGAAAUAUUAACCAAAACAAAGAAUUUGUGUUGGAACAUGAUCAGAAUAGAGCUAAAAGCCCAUGCAUCCCUGUUGUGCAAAAAAGGCCUUUGUCCUGGGCAGAAAAUGACGAAAAAUGUGUGCAAACACGGAUUUCUCAAACAGAUGUAAGUCUUGGACAAUGUCAGAGUCCAAACAGCAGCAUAAAGCAGCCAGAAAUUUCUGUGACUCCAAUUCCAUCAGUUGUCUCAACCCAGUCAGGUUUUGCAGAGUUAGUUCAAACUGGAAAACUUCAGAGUUUAAAGGAAUUGGCUAACCGUCCAGAAAAAAAUGUAUCCUGUACACAGAAUGAAUUUUUGUUUGCUUUAGAAACCCCGAAACCUGAAGAGUGUGUGGAGCAUCAAUCACAAGCUGAAGAAAGUGAUUCUGAUGGUAGCUUCGUUGAAGUAGAGGAUGAACCAAGUGGUGAACUACAAGAUGGAAUAUCUGAGACAUCACUUGCCUCCACUGAACAGGAGGAUGGAAUGGUGUCUGAAGCUUCAUUAGAAAUGAGAGAGGGGAGUGAAGGGGCUACCGAGAAUAAAUCAGAAAAUGGUGAAGAUGCAGAGCUUGCUAUGGAGCAAAACGCUGAAAUGAAAGGCACAGAGAAAGCUGAAAUUAAUGAAUGGGAGAAUAUUAAUAUGGAGGAUUUGGGAGUCUUGGAAACAAACCUAUCAGCUGAACAAACAGCCCUUCAAGCUCAGAAACAACAGCAGGAACGUACUGCAGCCACUGUGACAGGACAGAUGUUUUUAGAGAGUCAGGAACUUCUGCGCCUCUUUGGCAUUCCGUACAUUGAGGCUCCGAUGGAAGCAGAAGCUCAGUGUGCUGCCUUGGAUCUUACUGAUCAAACGUCUGGGACAAUCACAGAUGACAGUGAUAUUUGGUUGUUUGGAGCACGGCAUGUGUACAAAAACUUCUUCAGUCGAAACAAGUAUGUCGAAUAUUAUCAGUAUGUGGACUUCCAAAAUCAUCUAGGCUUGGAUCGAAACAAGAUGAUAAAUUUGGCCUACCUCCUUGGCAGUGACUACACUGAGGGUAUUCCUACUGUUGGCUAUGUAACAGCAAUGGAGAUUUUGAAUGAAUUCCCUGGACGAGGAUUAGAGCCUCUCUUAAAACUCCUGGAAUGGUGGGAUGAAGCUCAAAAGAAUAAGAAAAUACGUCCCAAUCCAUAUGACACAAAAGUGAAGAAAAAACUGCGGCACAUAGAAAUUGCCCCUGGUUUCCCAAAUCCUGCUGUGGCAGAAGCUUAUCUGCACCCUGUGGUAGAUGAAUCAAAGGGAUCCUUUAUCUGGGGAAGACCUGAUGUGGAACAAAUUAGAGAAUUUUGCCAAAGUCAUUUUGGAUGGACCAAGUUAAAAACUGAUGAAGUCCUCUUUCCUGUCCUCAAACAACUGAAUAUUCAACAGACUCAGCUGCGCAUUGACUCGUUCUUCAGGCUGGCACAGCAUGAAAAACAAGCCAUCAAGAGCCAAAGGCUUCGCCGAGCUGUGACCUGCAUGAGGAGGAAAGAGAAGGAAGAAGAGGAAAGUGAAGUCCAGGAGGCAACUGCAGUCCUAGAAGAAGAAUUUAAACAGAGGAAAGGGCAGGCAUCCAGUAAAGGAAGAGCUGGGUGCCAGAGCCGAGGAGGCAAACGGAAAAGACGCCCGCCAUCUAAGCCACAGAGCUUUUUUUGCGGUGGCUUCGUAGGAGAGGUUCUGCUCUCGGAGGCAUCCAGUGAGUCAUCAGCUGAUGAUCUUGAGAAUGAAGCUUCCAAGAAGUACAGAAGAAGGGAGAAUGCAGAUAUGCUCAAAAUGAAUGUGGCAAGUUACAAAACUAGCCUAGAGGUUGCAUCUACACACAGUGAAACAAAGAGUAGUAGCUCCAGUGCAGAGGAGGAAAUGCAGAUGGUGACAGCCAAGCCUGUGUUUGAGGGCAAAAAAGCACGAGGCAAGACUUUAAGGGGAAGAUGGAAGAAAUAAUGCUAGUUGAAAACAUAUAUGGGUUUUAAACAUGCUGUUAUAAAUUACAUAAUGUAAAUUUCACUAAAAAGGCAUUAUUUUCCACUUUCUUCAUCAAUCCCCGUCCCAUAUUUGAGAUGAUUAGCAUUUGCAUAUAUUGAGACUGGUUACCUACUUAAUAACAGCAUGAUAUGAAAGUUUUAAAAAACAUUUUAAAUAGGAAAGUUCUGUUUACUCCUCAAGAAAGCUUCUGCUGAAGUUUGUCAGCUUGCUUCUGCGAAUUAUCUGAAGGUGAUUUGUGACACGUAUGAUUUUCAGAAUGAAAAUGAAUUCAAUUUAAGGUGUUGCUAAUCUGACAUUAAGCUUCAUACAUCACAAAAGACCUAGUGUACAGGGCUUCUGUAUUUCACUAGUAGGAAAUAUAUGGGACAGCCUAAUUUCCUGCAUAACUUGCUAUGCACAUAUUAAAAAUCAGUUUGUGUGUUUUGCUUGAUUACUUUACAAAUAUUACUCCAUUAAUAUUUGCUGGAAAGAGCAGAGUUGAUCAUUUUUUAUUACAUAUGGAUAUUAAAGAAUUAAAUGAAAUGGAAAUGAGAGAACAAGCAGUGGACAUAAAUAAAUUGAAGGAAAGCAAAAAAUGGACAUCAGAUUCAAAGUUCAUUUUCUCUGUAGUUAAAUUAUGAAGCUUUCUGUAUUAAUCUGGUUCAUCUUCCUUCAUUUGCCCAAUGGAAAAGAAAUUUCACAUAGUUUUUGUAGGCAAAAAUGUGCAAAAUAUAUAAACUACCUUUCGGUUUUCAUUUCUUGUUUUACAAAAUGAAUGCUGAGCAAUUUAUUGAAUUAACUGAAUUUAUCACAUUAACUGAAUUUAUUUCAGUUUUCUGUCGAAACAUACAUACUCUCAAUUCAUCUAACAACACAGCUGAAGCAGAUGAAAUAGAAAACCAAAAUUAAACCACUAAAAAGAUGGUUGUUAUAGGAUGCAACAAAAUAAUAGAAAUGUAGGAAUCAAACUGUCAAACAAAAAACAUAAAACUAUAUGCAGAUUAUGUUGAAUUUACAAUUACUUAUCCAAAGGAUUCUUAAUAAAGCUUAAUGGAAUUUAUACAGCAGUAGAUUUAUUAUCAGAAUAUUGGAUUAAUAAAACAAGACCCAAAUGUUGGCAUGAAACUUAUCUCAGGAAAAAAAACUGCUUUCAGCAAACAACGAGCUUUAACAUCACUGCUAAAAAGAUCAGUUAUCUGGGGAUUUAUUUAAGAAAAAGUAAUAAAGAUUUAUUUAAGAACAUUUACUCCCAGAUUUGGAGAAAGCAUAAUUUUCAAGAUAGAAAAAGCUGAAACUGUCCUGGUUAGGAAGAACUGCAGGAGUAAAAAUGCCAGAGCUUAGCUUUUUGAUCCAAAUUCUUCAAUAAGAAUUGAAGAAAAGGCACUAAAUGAUUGGAAACAAACAAAAAAAUUAUAUGGCCUAAUAAAACACUCAGGGUAAAAUUAAAAAAAAAAGACUUGAAAGAAUUAGAUAGACUAGUAGCAGCAAAUUGUAUUACCAGGAUACUUGUUUAACUUGGAUAACAUAUUGGAUUAUAACAUUUUAUGGCUGGAUUGCCUGUGUGGAAUGAGUAGGCUUUUAAAGGGGUUGCACAAACAUGGCUGCUACAAAUAGAAAAAAUAAAAUUUAUAAGGGAUCAUCCAAUAAUAACUAGUAUUUUAAAAUAUGGGACAAACAGAAAAAGAAUCAGUCCAGUUCUAUUGCCUCUUGCCUUGAUAAUAAAUAUUUUCAUGGAGAAUAUACAAAGAAAUAUGAUCAAUGGAGGCAUAAUAAUUCAUAUAACUGCAAGACUUAAUUAUUAAUAAAGCAAUCUUUCAAGGUGCUCUCUUCUGAAAGGCCAGAAUCUUUUUAUUGGUUUCAGUAUCUACAAAUAAGUAGCAUUGUCCAAAAGGAAUUAUGAAAACAAGAUAGAGUACUUAGAGAUCUGACUGAAUUUGAAAAAACGUAUUACAUAUAAUUAAGAGCUUAACUUAUUGGAGAAACUAAAAAAUUAUUAGUGAAGUAUGAUUCAGAAUGUGAACAAGUUAAAGAGUGUGAUUAAAUGAAUGCAGAAUUUAAAUAGCACAAUCAAUAUGCAACAAUAGGAAUAUCAAUGGAAUAAACAUAUUUGAUCAAUAUUAUACUGAGAGAAAAUUGGUAUCAUAUGUUUUUCUGGUGAUAUAUUACUCCAGAAAAUUACCAGAUAGACAAUUGAUUACCAAAAUAGACAAUUCAUUCUCAAAAUAUUCCUGGAAAUGCCAUGAGGUUGGAUCAUUUUUCCGAUGUGGUGGCAAUGUUGUACAGUCCAACAGUUCUGGAAAAUGAUUUAUAAUAGCAUGAAACAAAUUUUCCUUUCCAGCCUGUCAUAUUUUUAUUAAAUAUUACUAAACCUUAUAUUCCCCUAAGGUAUACUGAAUUGGGUUUGUACAUGGUAUAGCUACAAGAAUUCUGUAUGCCUCCCACUGAAAAUACAGUUUCUUCCAUAGAAGAAUAACAAAGUAAAUUAUAGGAGUAUACUUCAGUGUCUUAGGAUAACUCUGUUAGUCUAUUGUAGCCUAAAAGAAAAUCAGUCUGGUAAGACCUUUUCAGACUAACAAAUGUUAUUAAAAGCUAUAAAUUUUUGUAAGCUAUAACUCACUUCAUAUUCAUGGAGUGGCUAAACUGAUGUAGGAUUUAAACUGGGAUGAGGCAAUGUCAAAAUUAACUUCAUGUCUAAAAAUUAAAUCUGAUACAGAAUUUACCGCAAUGUGGAAACUAUAUAAUUCUUACAAAUAGAUUCAUACCACAUCCAAAGUUUGGGUUUUUUUAACAUAAGAUUAUAAUUAUAUUGUGAUCUAAAUGUAUUGAACAUAGAUCAGGCAAUAAUUACUGCAAUUUUUAAUCUUGGUUCAUAAUUUAUAAUUUGAGCUAUAUUGGUUAUAGUGGUUAGUUAUUGCAAAAUAACCCAAAUUAAAAACUGCCUUCUUUUACUACUAAUACAUUUCAAAUUGAAAUGAGAUAUUCUGAUAUGCAAAUUAUAUUAAUGUUGUUUUGAAUUUUUAGCUAAUUUUACAGUGCUUGUAAAUCUCCUUUUUUAUCUAUUUUCUGUUCUUUUUAUUCUUUUAUUGUUUUCCUUUAUUGUACUUGCAAAAUUAAUAAAUGAGAAAAAAAGAUGGUGGUUAUAAUAAUGCAGUGAUGUUCCUCCUUUUUUGUUCUACUGAGUGACAAAAGUAGUUUUCGUUGUUGAAUAGACUGUUGUGUACCACAAGCAAAUAGCGGGACCAAGGAUUGUCAGUCUGGCCUUGCUUAACUUUGGUGAACAAAAACAGGCUGCAAGUAAAUUGGAUGUGAAUCUGGAGUACCUGAACGUGACUACAAUAAACUGUUAA